AUGGGUCCCAAAAAGGGUGUUAAAGCUCCAGUUGCAGCUUCCAAGAAGAAACCCGAGAAAGUUACAAACCCGCUUUUCGAGAAACGCCCGAAGCAAUUCGGAAUUGGUGGGGCAUUGCCUCCUAAGAGGGAUUUGACUAGAUUCGUGAAGUGGCCAAAGGAGGUUAAUGUUCAGAGGAAGAAGAGAAUUCUGAAGCAGAGGUUGAAGGUUCCCCCAGCUUUGAACCAGUUCACAAAAACUCUUGACAAAAAUCUAGCAACAAGCUUGUUCAAGAUUCUUUUGAAGUACAGGCCCGAGGACAAAGCAGAAAAGAAGGAGAGGCUUUUGAAAAGGGCCCAGGCAGAGUCUGAGGGUAAAACAGUUGAGACUAAGAAGCCUAUCAAUGUGAAGUAUGGUCUCAAUCAUGUUACCUACCUCAUUGAGCAGAAUAAAGCCCAGCUUGUCGUGAUUGCUCAUGAUGUUGACCCAAUUGAAUUGGUUGUCUGGCUUCCAGCACUGUGCCGGAAGAUGGAAAUUCCAUACUGUAUUGUCAAGGGCAAGGCUCGCCUUGGAACUGUUGUCCAUAAGAAAACUGCAGCUGUUUUGUGCUUGACAACUGUUAAAAACGAAGAUAAGAUGGAGUUCAGCAGGGUCCUUGAAGCAAUCAAGGCAAACUUCAAUGACAAGUAUGAAGAGUACAGGAAGAAGUGGGGUGGUGGAAUCAUGGGUUCCAAAUCCCAAGCCAAAACCAAGGCGAAGGAAAGGCUUGUUGCCAAGGAAGCCGCCCAGAGGAUGACUUAG